GUGUUCAGAACUCGCUGCCUUUUAGGUGCGUCAAUAGUCUCAUAUAUUUUUUCCAUAUAAUACUGACGUAAUUUUCAGUAACUCCUUAACAGUUGAAGGAUACUGAGGGUGAGUGACUUCGAGCUGCCUUACUGGUCAUUUCUUCACGGUAACAUCAGAUUUCUUUAUCAGAUUAAAUUUUGUUUUUACGUGUUGUUUGGUUGUUGGCAGGUCAGCUAACCAUCACCUAGUUGAUUCACAUCACACGAAAAUCAAAACGCCUGAAGCUGUCAUGGCAGCGUGUUUGCGUGUUUCUGCCGUGUGACUCCUCUGUGACAUAGACGGUCUUUGAUACCGGUGUCCACUUGGCUAGUGUUGGUUCAUUCUCGUAACCCUACCUGACUCAGUGUGAGACGUGGAUAUUUGUCUUUUAACAAGUACACCAUUCGUGCAUCUGUGUAUUUAUUAUGGAUAUAGCAAAACUAUAGUAAAUGAUUUAAGGUUCUUGUGGACACCUGGUUGGACGUUAAGGGAUUUAUUGACAUGGACGCAUUUGUAACCCGACGCAACACGCCUCAAGGCUAAUUGGUAACUUACAUGGCUAGUAAAUAAUGUAGUGGUAAUGUGACUGCAGAAUGUUACCACCUUACUGGACAAUUGUUUACAGCUUAGUUACGGCUUAAAUUAAGCUAGUUAUUCUGUACAACCUCAUGUUUACUCUUUAAGCUACGGAAAACCGGAAGCAAAUGUAGAGAAAUUAUUAAAAUGUUCCUACUUGGUAGAGUCAUUUUUGCUGAAUUCCGAGUGAUCUGAGAGCCCCAUACACUGAUUCUGCAGUAUGUAUGGUGUGUCUCUGAAUGUAACACCUUGGUGUGACUGCUAACCACUUAGUGUUGUAUUUUAAAAAGCCAGUUUUUGCUAUUAUAAGGGAUAGUUUAAUAGUAGUAGCAUUUGACGUAUUUCCCUAUAACUCUGCCUUGAUAAUCAGCAUGGAUAUCAAAGUAGGCGUGAGCUGCAUUGUGUUAUUCGUCCUACUGGACGUUGUCAUCACAACUGUCCUAUAUACACAUGGAUCACACUUGAUCAUAUUCAGAAAGGAUGCUCUGGACUUUAACAUUCUCAAGUCAGCACUGGACCUCUGGGGGACUGUGCUACUCCGAGCCUCCAUUCUACUUGGAGCCUCCAUAGGUGUAUCAUGGAACAAGGAGGAUGGCCCACUGAGGGUCUCUUCACUCUCCACCCUCAUUCUCCUCAUCUGCUUGAUCAUCAUCACCUACGCCCUGGCCAAACUGCUGAUGCUGACUGAGCUGGAGCCUCUGACUCACAAGCCUUGGCUCCUGAGCCUGAUAUGCUGGACUUGUGUCUCCUCUCUGGGUGUCAUGCUGCUCUGGAAGCUGCUGGGGAAGGAGCCCGGUUCGACGAGCAGUCAAAACAGCAGCAUCAGCAGAGGAGGACGAGGCACUGAGGACACUGAGAAGCUGGUGGGGACAGCUGGUGAGGAGGAGCAGGAGGUGGGGUGUGAGAGGAAGCAGAACAGACAACAGAAGGAGGAGGGAAGCCAGGACAAGGAGAAGACCAGUUCUGGGGCUACACUGGGACGUUUGCUGACCUACUGCAGAAAGGAUGGUGGGCUGCUGUUUGUAGCUGUCCUCUUUCUCCUCAUCUCUGCUGUGUGUGAAGCCUUCAUACCGUACUACUAUGGGAAGGCCAUAGACAGCAUUGUUGUUCAUCAGAGCAUGGAGUACUUUGCUAAACCCGUCAUCACUCUGGCUGUACUGGCCUUAGCCAGUUCACUUGCAAUGGGAGUGCGUGGGGGAGUCUUCACCCUCACAUUUGCUCGACUAAACCUUCGGCUCAGGAACCAUCUCUUCAGAACUCUGAUGAGGCAGGAAAUUGCCUUUUUUGAUGAGAACCACACAGGUGACAUCAUUUCACGUCUGUCAGCUGACACCACCCAAGUGAGUGAUCUCAUCUCUCAGAAUGUCAACAUCUUCCUGAGGAGCACCAUCAAGGGCGCUGGCUUCUUCAUCUUCAUGUUUGGGAUGUCCUGGAAGCUCACACUGGUGACCAUCAUGGGAUUCCCUUUCGUUGCAGUUGUCUCCAAAGUUUAUGGUGAAUACUACAAGAAACUGACCAAAGAAGUGCAAACAACUCUUGCAGAGGCCAAUAAAGUUGCAGAGGAAACCAUUUCCUCCAUGAGGACAGUGCGGAGCUUUGCCAACGAGUGUGGGGAGGCCGACUCCUACUACGCCAAGCUCUUAAUCAUGUUCCAGCUCAACAAAAAGCAAGCCUUGGCUUAUGCUUGCUACAUGUGGUCUAGUUGUAUUUCAGAGCUUGCUUUAGAGGUUGCCAUCCUCUACUAUGGUGGUCACCUUGUGGUUACUGGUCAGAUGAGCAGUGGUGCCUUGAUAUCCUUUUUCAUAUACAUGCUCGAGCUGGGAGAAUGUCUAGAGAGCAUUGCAUCGGUGUACACAGGUCUCAUGCAGGGAGUGGGAGCUGCUGAGAAAGUUUUUGAGUACCUGGACAGGAAACCCAAACACCCAGCUGAUGGCACAGAGGCUCCAGACACAUGUACUGGUCUGGUUGAAUUUAAAGACAUCACGUUUGCUUACCCAACACGCCCUGAGAUUGAUAUUCUCAAGGGAGUGUCAUUUACCCUGCGGCCUGGAGAGGUCACAGCCCUCGUGGGACCCUCAGGCAGUGGAAAGAGCUCCUGUGUGAGUCUGCUGGAAAACUUUUACUCUCCUCAACAAGGCCAGGUGCUGCUGGAUGGAAAACCUGUUCACACCUUCCAGCAUGACUACCUCCACUCCAAGGUAGCUCUUGUGGGCCAAGAGCCUGUGUUGUUUGCCCGCACGGUCAAGGAAAACAUCACCUAUGGCUUGAGUGACAUCCCCAUGGAGGCUGUGGUGCAGGCUGCCACCAAGGCUAAUGCUCAUGACUUUAUCACCACCCUCCCCAAAGGCUAUGACACAAGUGUUGGAGAGAAGGGCACCCAGUUGUCAGGGGGGCAGAAACAAAGGGUGGCCAUUGCAAGAGCUCUCAUCCGCAACCCACGUGUUCUUAUCCUGGAUGAGGCGACCAGUGCUCUGGAUGCAGAAAGUGAGCACAUUGUUCAGCAGGCUCUGAACAACAUCAUGCAGGAGCACACAGUGCUAGUGAUCGCCCAUCGACUCAGUACAGUGGAGAAGGCACACAGCGUCAUAGUGAUCGACAGGGGCAGUGUGGCUGAACAGGGCACUCACUGUCAGCUGAUGGCCAGCGGGGGGCUCUACUGCAAGCUGGUGCAGAGGCAGGUCCUAGGCAUCGAGACAGGGGCAGAGGUCCUAAACCCACCUGAAAACCUCAGCUGGAAGUCUGAUGGAGGGCAUCAGCGGAGAAGACAAAGCAGCAGCAGUGCCAGCGAGUCUGAAAGCAAUGCUCGGUACUGAGAAAGAACUGCAGUGUGUGGAGAUGGGAUUGGACUGCUGCGAAAACCAUAUAUAUUGUAGAAGAUAUUUUGUGCAGAUAUUCUGUAGUUUAAACAGGAUAUAGACCACAGAACACUCAAAAUGCUCCAGUGAAAUACACAACCUUGAUAUAUUUUAAUGAGGAAUUCAAAUAAAUCAUCAUGUCAGAAUCAGGUUCAGGUGAAGAUCCACUUAUGGAUGAACUGAGUAGUAUUACUAGGUUAGUUGGAUGUAUUAAAAAUAUUUAAAAAGGGUUAACAUUGCCACUGGAUAUAAAACUUGAAUGAAUGACCAAUAUAAUCAGCAACCGAUAGAUAGCUUUAAGAAUAAGCAAUAUUUUGCUGUUGUACUGUAAAAGAUUGUGUUUGUUAGUAUAUUUUAAUACCUCAUCAUAGCACUCCAGACAGAGAAAUUGUUGUUUUAUUGCAGUCUCCCUCGGGAUGUGCUUUUGCUUAUUUUGCCAUAGUAAAUACUGUGUGUAAAUACUUGGUGUUUCUUUUCAAGGUGGUUAAAUUAUAAUAUUUUUGUUAUUCCUCAAGCAAGGGUGGUAAUGGUUGUGGUUACAAAGAAAAGAUGCGUGCCUUUGACUGUGGAGCUCAAUGCACUAUAGGGAUCUGAUCUGUUAGUGAUAAAAUGAAUUAAUGGCGCUACACAUACAUAAUAUGAUUGUAUAGAUGACUGUAAAUAAACAAUAUAUGUGAUGAACACUGUGAAAAUAUACGAAAUGUAAUCCUUCAUGCUUACAAAUAUGUUGGAUUAAUGCCAUAUGCUACAUUCAGGUUCUCCUGGUAAAAACCCCCUUCAGUUUU